AUGGUUAGGGCUGAUGCAUCCGUGAGCAUAAAGGUGCUCCUGAACGCCACGGCAGCGCACUUUGGUUUUAGGCCAACUUACCGGAGGGUUUGGAUGGCGAAGCAGAAAUCUAUUGCCCUCAUAUACGGUGACUGGGAUGAGUCCUACAACGACCUGCCUAGGUGGGUGUUGGGUGUCCAGCUGACGAUGCCUGGGAGUGUUGCGGUCCUGAAGACGAGCCCGGUUCGAGUUGGAGGACAGGUGGACGAAUCUCAAGCAUACUUCCACAGACUUUUCUGGACUUUCCCGCCCUGCAUCGAGUCAUUCCGUCAUUGCAAGCCGCUAAUCAGCAUUGACGGCACACAUUUGUAUGGGAAGUAUGGGGGAACCUUGCUCAUCGCGAUUGCACAGGAUGGGAACUCCAACAUUCUACCUGUCGCAUUCGCACUAGUAGAGGGUGAGAAUGCAGAGUCCUGGACAUUCUUUCUCUCGCACCUUCGACAGCACGUGACCCCGCAGCCCGGUCUGCUGGUUAUAUCGGACAGGCACAACGGCAUCAAGGCUGCGCUUGAGGCCCCUGACGGCGGUUGGUUACCGCCAUCUGCGUACCGUGCAUUCUGCAUACGACACGUAGCGGCAAAUUUUGCCCUUACCUUCAAGGGCAAAGACGCUAGGAGGCUCCUAGUGAACGCGGCGUAUGCGAAGACCGAGGUUGAAUUUGAUUACUGGUUUGAUAUUCUGCGAUCUGAAGAUCCGGCGAUGUGUGAGUGA